UCCCUACCCAAUCAGCUGAGCAGGCUCACCUGACCGUGCGCUGCGGCAGCAGGAGCGGGCAAAGCCGUAGGGGUAUCAGCAGCCUGUCAGUGCAGUCCUUCUCCAAAGUCAGUAUGGGAUGCUGAGUGAGAAGUGCAGUUUCACAAGCUGAAAAGGUUGAAGAGCUCGGAUUGAUCUUCCCAGGAACUGAGGUGUUUUCUCAAAGUCCCGAUGAUGCCGUCUAAUAAGUCUGUCUCGGAUGCUCCAAUCUUCCAGUUCACUAACUGCAGGAUUCUGAGGAGUCACCAGCUGCAAAGGGAGGAUCUGUGGGUGCGAGAGGGAAAGAUCCUCAACCCAGAGAAACUGUUCUUUGAUGAGAAGGGAUCUGCUGAUAUUCAGCUGGAUUGUAAGGACAGCGUCAUCGCCCCUGGAUUCAUUGAUGUGCAGAUUAAUGGGGGCUUUGGGGUGGAUUUCUCCUUGGCCGUGGAUGAUGUCCAAUCAGGGAUCUCUCUGGUGAGUCAGAAGAUUCUCUCCCAUGGCGUGACCUCCUUCUGCCCAACGCUGGUGACCUCCCCGCCAUCCGUCUAUCACAAGGUUCUUCCUCAGAUCAGCAUAAGAAAUGGAGGGCCUCAUGGAGCUGGUAUCCUGGGGGCCCAUCUGGAGGGGCCUUUCAUAAGCAAGGAGAAGAAGGGGGCGCACCCAGAGCACUACCUCAGCACCUUUGAGUCGGGAGCUUUCCAGGACCUGCUUGCCACCUACAGGCACCUGGACUGUGUCCGGAUUGUCACUCUGGCCCCUGAGAUGAAGAGGAGCAGUGAGGUGAUCCAGGAGCUCACCAGACGGGGCAUCUGUGUCUCGCUGGGACAUUCCGUGGCUAAUCUGUCUCAGGCAGAGGAAGCUGUCCGGCAUGGUGCUACUUUUAUCACCCAUCUCUUCAAUGCCAUGUUACCUUUCCACCAUCGCGACCCUGGAAUCGUGGGGCUGCUGACGAGUGACCAGAUUCCUGCCAGGCGGAGGGUGUUCUAUGGCAUGAUAUCAGAUGGGAUCCACACCAACCCUGCAGCUCUGAGAAUUGCACAUCGAGCACACCCCAAAGGCCUGGUGCUGGUGACAGAUGCCAUUGCUGGAAUGGGGCUGGCCCCAGGGAAGCACACCCUGGGCCAGCAGGUGAUCGAGGUGGACGGACUGAACACGUACAUUGCAGGGACGAAGACCCUGAGUGGCAGCGUAGCAACCAUGGACUCCUGUGUUCGGCACUUCCUGGAAGCCACAGGAUGCACUGUGGAGACAGCCUUGGAGGCAGCAUCCCUACAUCCUGCCCAGCUCCUGGGAAUUGAGCACCGAAAGGGGACCCUGAACUAUGACAACGAUGCAGAUUUCCUGCUGCUGGACGACAGCUUACAGGUGCGAGCCACAUACAUUGCAGGUGAACGGGUCUGGAGUCAGGACACCUUCACUAUAUGAAACUAGAGACUCACCCGGGACUGGCAGCAUUCCCACAACCCUGGUGCCAACUACCAGCUCCCCCAAGCGCCAUGCUCAGUGGUCACUGGCAGCCGCAUUGUCCUCUCCCUCUCAAAGAAUGCUUUUUUAAGACCUUGGUGUUUCUUCCUCCUGCGUCACCCUUGAAAGUACCAAAGAACUAAGUGUUCCAGAGCAGCUCUUGCUUUCAGUUGCCAGACCUCCUUGCAAUGAGUUUGUCAGCUCUCUGCUAGACAAGAGGUAAAAGAGUAGGUGGAGUUCUGCUGCUGGGAUCACUCUACAAUGGAGCCACCUGAAGGACAAGGUGCCUGUCUGUCUCUGUCCUCUCUCUUGAGCACUGGAUUUGAGCCCUGCUGUAGAGGAAAGGGAAGCUGCUCCGUGUGCUGUUCUGUGUUGAUAUGUGCCCACAUAGGCCUAUGUGGAUAUCACAGCACACACACACACAUUAACUUCACUUCCCAGAAUAGACCUUUGGCUGUUCCCUUUGUCUCUCACCAUAGGGCCUCCUAAUGCCAGAGUGUUGACUUCCCAAUGUUCAUCUGUCAUUUUCUAGAGAAAUCCUAGUGGCCUUGAAGCAGCUCUGCUGACAGCCUGCAAUCUGGCUGGGAGCCUGGGGAGGGGGCGAUGACUCUACCUGGCACUGUCAGCCACGGGCCGUGAGUUCAUGUCACACCCUUGAUGUCCUGUACCCUGAAGCAGAGUGCUCACCACCUCGCUCAGGCCGUGGGCAGCCUAGUGCCUUGUAUUGCUCCCUGGCAUGAGACCCUCACCACCAACUUUCCUCCUGGGCUGAAUCCUCAGGGCUGUGUACAAACCCAUGAAAAGCAGGAGCUGCUGGCUCUUAAUGUUGUCUUGCUGCGUGGGCAGUGAUUUUGUCUGCAGGGUGCAUGGACUUCGUUCUGCAACAGAAAGCAAUGUUGUUCUUGAACUACAUAAACAUUCAAAGUGGGUCUUACAGGCUCUAGUAUAUAUUUCCAUCUGUAUUACACUAAUAUGGUUGGAGAGCUUCCCGAGGA